AUGGCAGCCUUAUACCUUAAUAUGUUUCAAGGUUGGUGCUUCACUUCUAAUCUUGCGCAUCAUCCUAAUGGGCAGAUUAUUAUAUCUUGGAAUCCGAAUAGCUAUGACGUAGAUAUCAAAGGAGGAACUAGUCAACUAUUGAACUGUUGGAUUAGGCCUCAAAGAGUGAUACAGUUUGCUGUUAUUGUAGUCUAUGCGUUGAAGGAGAGUAGUGAUCGAAAGCAGCUUUGGAAGGAUAUUGGUCUUAUUGCCCAAGGCACAAAGAUUCCGUGGAUUUUUUUUGGAGAUUUUAACUCUGUUUUGUCUACUGUAGAGAGGCUAGAUUAUCGUGGCAAUGGCACAGAAAUGAUGCCGUUUCAAACUUGUGUUGGUGAAUGUGGGCUGGAAGAUGUUAAGUACAAUGGGUCAUAUUUUACUUGGAAUAAUCAACAAGAGGGAAAAGCUCAGGUUUGUGCAAAACUGGAUCGGGUCUUGGCAAAUAAUGUUUGUUUGGAUACUUUUCCCACGGCUGAAGUCAGUUUCCUUCCAGAGGGUAUGUUUGAUCAUUCACCAGGUCUUCUCUCCAUUUAUUUGAAUAUGCAUGAUAAACAGAAACCUUUCAGGCACUUCAAUUAUUGGAGCUCUUUGAAAGAUUUUACUGGUAUUGUUCCAAAUGGGUGGAGUGAGAAUGUUGAAGGUUAUCCAAUGUACAGAUUUGUCAAAAAACUUAGGCUUCUCAAACAAGGGCUUCGGAGGUUACAUCAGCAAGAGAAAGGUGAUCUUGGGCUUCAACAUUCAGAAGCUUAUAAAGCUUUGCUUGAUAUCCAAGUGGCUUUAAGGGAGAAACCUGGUAAUGGAGAGCUUAUUACUCAGGAAACUCAAGCUAGGAAUAGAUUUGUUGAGAUCCAUAGGCAAUACCUGACUUUUUUAAGACAAAAAGCAAAGAAUGUGGUCAUUCAAGCAUUCUUGGAUUUCUAUGAUAAUUUACUAGGAUCCAAAAUGGUUUCAAGAACCCGGGUGCACAAUAGUAUAGUUCAAGCAGGUCCGCUGGCUCCUGGACCUGAUGGAUUCGGCAGUGGCUUCUUCAAAGACACUUUGGAUAUCACUAGGAAGGAUUUCACUAAUGCUAUACUUUCAUUUCUUCACUCGGGGAAAAUUCUUAAGGAAAUUAACGCCACAUCUAUUACUUUAAUCCCCAAAAUGGUUUGUCCUGACUCAGUGAGUGAUGAUAGACCUAUUGCUUGCUGCAAUGUGGUCUAUAAAGUGGCCACCAAAAUGAUUUGUUCUCGCCUUCGAAGCAUUCUUCCUUGCAUUAUAUCAGCCAAUCAAAGUGGAUUUGUUCAAGGAAGGCAAAUAGUUCAUAAUAUUAUGGUGUGUCAAGAUUUGGUUCGGGGUUAUGAUAGGCAAAGGGAAAAAUCAGCUUGUAUGUUUAAAAUAGAUUUACAGAAAGCUUAUGAUACUUUAGAUUGGGAUUUCCUUCAAGAGAUGAUGCUGGCUUUAGGUUUCCCCAUGAAGUUUGUGUCUUUAAUCAUGAAUUGUGUUUGCACCCCUCGGUUCUCCUUUAUGAUUAAUGGUUCUCUCCAUGGUUUCCUUCAACCUAAAAGGGGUCUCCGUCAAGGUGAUCCUUUGUCUCCGCUGUUAUUUGUCAUUGGAAUGGAGUAUCUUUGGCAUAUUUUGAAGAAAGUUGCUACGGUUCCUACUUUCCAAUUCCAUCCGAGAUGUAAAAGUAUGCGACUUACUCAUUUAUGUUUUGCAGAUGAUCUGCUCCUUUUUUGCAAAGGUGAUUACAAUUCUGCCAUAUUGUUAUUACAAGGAUUCAAAUUAUUCUCCAACACUUCAGGGCUUCAACCUAAUAUGGGGAAAUCGCCAGUGUAUGGGGCAGGUUUGGACACUUACACAUUAAAUCGUUUUGAACUAACUUCUGGUUUUCAGAGAAGUUGUCUGCCUUUUUAA